UCUCCUACUUGACGCGAGUGGCGCGGCGCUGCGUGGCCGCUCUCAGGCACACAGGACUCGAAGCAGCCCACGGACAGAAGCCGUCCACAUUUCAGCACUGGAGCUGUCCGUUACACCCCUUUUUCCCCGGAGGAAGGAGAAGAAGUCCGAGAAGGAAAGGAGGGAGUUGCAAAGUCCUGCCAUGCUGGACGGCCCAGUUUGAGGACACCCAGGAGAUCCAGUCCGAAUUGAUCGUCAGAUUUUUUUAUUUUUUUUUUACCCUUCAACGUCAUGGGUGUGCUCAUGUCAAAGAAGCAGCCGGUGGACAAGGUGCAGAGGUGCACUGCUGUGGUCUCAGCCUUCCAGGCCGGCAUCAAGGAUCGCCCGGCCUUCGUCAAGCCGGCAGACGGAGAAGCAGAAGACGGCAGCGUGCCGGGGAAAACCUCAACCGGUCCUGAGGAGAAGACCGCCGAGGAUGGAGAGGGAGGGGAAGCAGAAAGCCCGUCCACCUCCCAGCAGGCUCCUCGGGAGGAGUGCAAGGUCAACCAGGAGGCCUGGUCCAGGUUACGUGACGGAAAAGGCGUGGAGCCGGAAGAUCUCGAGAAGAGCCACCAGCUCACACCCCCGGCUUUUGUGCGGCCCAAGAGGGAGGCCGAUGACGACCAACCUUCGGAGGUGGACUUGGCAAAGAAAGAACAGCCUCCAAGUGAUGAGAUGUGCGACGUAUGCGAGGUGUGGACGGCCGACCACCUGUACCCGUGCAAGAUCUGCACCCGGGUGUUCCACGACGGCUGCCUGAGCGAGCUGGGCUACCUGCGUGCCGAGGCCCUGCAGGAGAUGCGGGACACGGCUCACACCGUGACCGGCUGGAGCUGCUACUAUUGUGAUAAUUUGAACCUCCUGCUAACAGAAGAAGAAAUGUAUAGCCUUAUGGAGACCUUUAAGCAGUGUAAGCUCAUCCCAGAGUCAUGCCUGGUGUCGGACGAGUUGCUGCAGUACCACCACUUUGUAUCCAAGCAGCAGUUUGAUAAGGAUCUGACCGAUGAGCAGGAGGAGGAGGUCCUCUCUCAGUUUGCAGCCCUGGAUCCUGACAAGAAGGGUCACAUUGAGUGGCCCGACUUUCUCUACUUUGAGUCCCUGGCAGUUUUGAAGAAGUUUCGCACAGAGAACUCACUGGUGCGCCUGCUGACCGCCAAGGAAAGGGACACCGCUCGGUCAGUGUUCCUGGGCCUGGACUUGGAUGAGGAUGGGUUGAUCACAAGAGCAGAAUGUCGCCAGGCCCAACAAUCAUGGUUCAACAAGCUCAACAAAGAUUCGCAGUCCUGCAAUGUGAGACUAAUGGGACUCUGCGCUCCUUUAAGUUGUGGUAUAAGUCAUGUUGGCCCCAUUUGUGAGAGCAGUCCGGUCAGCUCCGGGAGUGAACGAAGCAAGACCGACGACAACAGGGCGACGACGUGGGCGGACUUUCUAAGGGAGAGCGCCAUCUACAUUCUGGCCGCGCGUCCCAACAGCCCGUCCAUGCACAUCCGUCUUCCCCUAUAGUCCAGGACCCUGCACUGCACUGCACUGCAGAGAAAGGGGCGGGGGAGGGAUAAACCAAUCGAGUCCGGGGGGGGGGGGGAGUGACGUGACGACACCGCGAGCGAGGCUGGACCGAAGGCGGCAGAUCAAACACCUGCGUGGGAUCUUGCAGCCAAUAAGCUGACGAGCACGGAGCGGACGGACGAGGAGGGAAAGAAGUCGAAAAAAAUAUGGCGUAAAGUUGGAGGAAGGUGGUGCACACCAGCUAUUGGGCUGCUGGCACUUUUCAAACGACAAACUCCAGUUUCCACGACCCCCUCCCGCACCCCCUCGGGUUGAACUAACCCCUCCGUGCGGGUACAUCACUCUCUUUCACAGCCUCAUUCCGUCUCCGUGAGAGCUGUUUGCUACCGUCGUGUUUAUUUGCUAUCGAGUUUGUUAAUCACAGCACACUGAGGCACACGCAAAUUCCGUUUCAGCACUGGGGAGGACACAAACCUUGCAGGCAAGAAAGCGUUCAGUAUAUCAAACAGAAAUAUAUGUAAUAGAGCUGCUAUACAAACUAGUCUAAUUUAUUAUAAUGCAUUACAAAUCUGUAUUUAUUCCUGUAUAUUCCAGCUUAUCCUCUCAUUACUAAAUCUUAGUUUUUUUUUUCCAGAUGUAGUGUGAAUAAGGACGUGACCCUGUUCGUGACAUGUAUAUAAUGCCAUAUAUCGCGUUGCCGAAAUCCCCUCGAUGCGGUGAAAGCACCGGCCAUGAUAAUCUGCUGCGAGAAUGCAACCGGGUGUUGUUGAGACGAAGAUUCUAUGAUGUUUCUACGAAGGUUUUGUGCGCAUAACAACUAGAGCUUCAUGUAUGUGUGUUUUGAAAAACCGGGUUCUCUCUGUGAAUAAUUUAUGGUGUGACAUGGAACCUGAUCAUGUGAGGGGUAUGUCACAGUGCUGAAAUAAAUGCAUGGCAUUAACUCUC